CCUAGAGCUGCAGAACAAUCCCGCCUCCAUGGCACAGGCGACCGGGUUUUGCGCACUGAAGCUGCAGGUGAUGCUGCAGGAACUUUGCCUUUUCCUAGCCGAGGAAGACAACCAGGGGAAAACGUUGUUCGACCAAGAUGCGGUGUUCCAUAUGACGUGCGAAGUGCAGAAGCUGCGGGCGAGCGGAGAGCUUCAGAACCGUCCGGUGCUGCUGGGAUACAAGGAGGAGAGCCGGCUUCGAAUAAAUGCGAGUAAUCUUCAAGUCGAACCGAAACCGGCCGACCAAGAGGGGAAAGUCGACGACUCGGCCUUCAAGGAGUUCGGUUUCGGAUACGCAAUGGCACGGUUUCUGGAAGACGCCAUGGCCCGGUUUUUGGAAGUCGCAGCGAGCAUGGUAAAAAGCGCCUUCGCGGACAUGACUGCCGAUAAAAGUCAGCUGCCGGAGAAAGACUCAAAAACUGUUCCUGUCGUUCCACUGAAAGCUUCAGUAUCGAUCGGAGGCACGGAAGACGAAACGACACGGAAACUACGUGGAGGUGCGGCGGAUGCAAGUGGAGGCGUCGUUCCAUCGAAAGAAAGCCACGAUGAGCCGGCACUUCGGGGAGAGAAGAAAGACGAAACACAGAAAGGC